GUGUCGAUCUUCCCAAUAAUGAUGGUAGGAAUGAUGUUGUGGCGUCCGGCGAAGGCCUUAUUUGCUGUAAAUGCGACGUUUAAGCCACUUGAGGUCGCUUUUUAUUGUUUGCUAAGGUUUUGUCUGGACCAAAAUAAGGGAAACAUGAUCGUACACAAGAUUAUAUUCAUUCUUGGAAAUUUGGGUGCCAUAGCUCUCGCUAUCUACAAGGUACAUACCAUGGGUCUUCUGCCAAAUACUCCAUCUGAUUGGCUCGAAUUCAUUCCACAACCGCAACGAGUUCAGUAUUCAAUUGUUAGCAAUAUUUACACUUGA